GAUCGCGAUGACGGAGAGCCGGCUGCUCUCGUCUCUCGCCAGGCUCUCUAUUUUUCUUUAACUCCUUUUCAAAGAGAAAUUCUAUACUUCUCGAGUCGAGUUGCAUUCUCGACUUGAAUUUUCUACGGUAGAAAAAUUCACAAAUGAUAUCUCCCUUUAUGAAAGAGUAAGGAUGGGUCGCGUACGUUCAUAUUUAUGUUUGCUAAUCAAGUGUCAGAUUCUAGAAAAAGAAAAAAAAAGAAAGGAUCGCUGACGCAAGAAUAAGAAAGAUAGAGAAAAUCCCGAAAAAAAAUCCAAGUAGUAAAGUGAUGAGGAAUUAGAACGAGAACGAAACAUAAUGAAAUAUUAAAACAAUUUGUAAAUAAUAUCAGCACGCCAGUCAAUGACGUUAACAAAGUUUUGCGUCAAAAGCGUUGGAAAUUCGCUAAUCGAUAAUAAGAAUCGUUUCCGUAGGGUAACUCCAAUGGAAAUAGAAUUCGAACUUGGCGAACUAACGAAAAUUGUAAUGCAAUUAGAGAAUUGCCGAAGAUAGACAGAGAUAGAGAUAGAGAAUCGAGAGACGGAGAAGGGUGUGUAUAACAAAAUUUCCUAUCGUUGCCACAGCUGAUGCCAUUUCCGCCUUGGCGCAUACCAAUCACGUUUCCCUUCCUUCUCCGUCCCUCUCCGUAACUCCCCUGUCCCUUCUCCUCUGCACCCCCGCUCUAUCGUACAUUUUCUCUCCCCAACCGACCGUUUCCCUUUUCAUCCUGUCCGUGUCUCGCCAUUAUAUGGAAAAGUGGCUCUCCCUUUCUUCCUUCGAAUCUCUCUCUCCCUCUCUUUUUCUUCGCUUUCACGUGGACUUGUAUUUCUUUUUUUCGGAUGGUACUUCAAAAUCGAAGAGCAUAGGUAAUACAAAUAUUUACACGAUGACUAUCAUUGAAAUUAGAAAAAAAAAAAAAAGAAAAAAGACAAACAAAAGAAAAAAGUCAGAGAUAUAAAAGAACCUACGAUAUUUCUUCUUCUUUAACAGUCUACGUUGGGAUCAAUAACGACGUCGUGUGCAUUCGCUCGAGUCUGCUUGAAAUAAAUCGAAUAAACCUCGACUAAAGACUGCAAGAGAGAGCGAGAGAGAGAGAGAGAGAAAGCGAGAGAGAGAGAGAGAAAGAGAGAGAGUGAGAAAGUCGACAAGUUGAGAACCCCUGUUCUCUCUACCUGGCCAAGCUAGGAGAAUGGUAGAGUGUCCUCGUAAAAGCGAGCGAGAAAGGCGAUCGUGUAGAAUUGAAGGGGAUAGACGAUGAACAGGCUAGAGUUCGACGGUGUGGGCCGUUUAAAGAAGGACACCCGAUGUAUACAGACACAUAGAGAGGGAGAUAGAGAGAAGGCAUUGUACUCCUCGUCGUCGUCAUCGCCGUCGCCGUCGUCGCCGUUGCCGUUGCCGUCGCCGUCGCCGUCGCCGUCGCCGUCGCCGUCGUCGUCGUCGUCGUCGUAGUGUUGGGGCCGUUUCCAGGUGCCAGCGAGGAGGGCACACGCAGUCGGUGCUCGUCACGAGCCAGCAACCGUCGUCCUCCGUGCCACUCCGUCCUCUCUUUUUCACCAAACGUGUGCGUGUAUCAUCUCUUUCUCUCUCUCUCUCUCUCUCUCUCUCCUCUUCCUCUCCCUUUCCCUCUCCUUCUCUCUAUCUUUCGUACGAUGAGUCAAGAAGAAGGAAACGUCUCUUUCUCAGUGAGGACAAACGCCCGACGCUGAAGUCUCUCUCUCUCUCUCUCUCUCUCUCGCAUGAAUACGAAGAAUCGUGGGAAAGAGAGAGAUAGGUAUAUGCAGAAAGAGAGCGAGUCGGAGUUUAAGAAGGAAAGAGAAAGACUCAUCGACAGAGCUGCACUGCGGCUAUACCCUCCUCUCUUUCUUUCGCUCCCUUCUAGUCGACGACUCUCAGUCAGCGAGUAGUCGCUUUGCGAGUCGUAGUCCCUCAUUCUCUUUCUUUCCUUCUUUGUCAUGACUCCUCUCCGUAGAGAGGAGGAAGAGACAUAGAAAAGUUCCUUUACGGUUACAUUCUUUUCGAUGCAAAGCGAGGACGCUACUUCGUAAAGUGCACCGCGCGUGUGGGUCGGCCGGACGAAAGGAAAUCGAGAGAAAGAGAGUGGGAGAGAAAGGAAGAAGAGAGGGGCAAGAGGAGUAGGAGAAGGAGAAGAGAGAGAGAGAGAGAGAGAAAGAGAGAUGAGCACGCUCUCCUACAGUCGCGCAAACGAAAGCCGAAUGUGUACGGGACAGCGAGCGUGUCACGGACGAGAUGUAAAGCUUCCCGCGAUCAAAGUACUGUGCUGUUAAAGCUGCGUUUCCAUCGGCACUUAAAAUCGACCAAGAAAGAUCUGCCAAAAACUGGAGCCCCUCAAGUCCAAAGAUAAAUGAUGGCUGGGCCAGGAACGGCCUCAGCCGGAGUUGGAGGCGGAGGUGGUGGUCAACAAGUAACAGCGGCCCCAAAUCUCCCUGCUAACGCUUUGUUAAGCUACAAGAGGACCUGGUGGCGAAGAGUGGCCCCCUGCUUGGCUUUUCUAGCAGCUUUUUCAACUGCCAUGGCGUUACUUCUCGUUUGGAGCGAAGCUGCUGCAUUAAGGAGGCAAGCCUUCGACGCGAACAUGACGAGGGACUACGUGCUUAACAGCGUCUCCAUGGACAAUCCUCAGCUGAUCGCUUACAUACGCGAGGUUCAUUUUAAACCAACGACUCAUCAAGAGUUCCUAAACGCGACGCAAACCUCCGAGGAGAAGUACGUUGCGAGUUUGACACAAAAUAAACGCGAGGGUGUCUACAUUGAAUAUAUCAGCAGGAUAGGAGCAAUGUCUAGUACAGCCUGGCUCGAUUCGAAUUUGAAUUGGAGAGGCGUUUUGAUCCUUACAGAUCCUAGAAGUUUCUUUGAGGCUCAGAAAAGCAGUCGUAAUUUAAAAACGAGAGUGCUUCAUUCAUGCCUGAGUACCGACAAAGUCAUCAAAGAAAUAACGUAUCAUCAGGAAUCCGAGGUCCAAGUUACCAAAUUAGGCGAAGGACCGAACAGUCUUGUUUCAUCGGACGAGAGUUUGCCGACGACCAGAUUGAAGUGUUUCCCUCUUUACAGUGUACUGCUGGCCUAUAACGUCACAACUUUAGAUUAUCUGAGUCUCGACAGUCCGGACAUUCAAGAUGGCCAGGUGUUAGACACGAUCCCUUGGGAAAUCAUAAGGAUAUCUGUCCUUUCUAUACGUUGGAGUACGCAUCAUAGCACAGCGGAAACGAAGAAUCUCAUUGAGAAGCUAAAUAGCAGAAGAUAUAAACUCGUCGAAACGACGGACACAGGCAAAAGGAUAUUUAUUUACAGCACCCUCCUAAAGAUCUAAUUUUUUCAAAUUAGAAAAUAUCGCCCUGGAUCGAUCAUGGACGUAAGGAGAAAGAGAAAAAAAGAGAUAGACGAUUCUUGCCUUUCCAAAGUCCACAAACUUAUCAUAGAUCCUUAAAAUUUCGUCUGAAUUUUUUUUUCUUCUUUUCUCCGUCUCCGCAAAGAGACGUAUUAUGGGUACUUAAAAUCAAGAAUCGAACGUCGUCGAGUAGUUCCAAUUUUUUACAUUUGAUAGAAAUGUCAAAAUUUGAGGAACGUCUCAUCUUAUUUUCGAUUCUUGCGCGAAAGUGAGCUCGCAACGACGACGACGACGACGACGACGACGACGACGACGACGACGACGACGACGACGACGACGACGACGACGACGACGACGAUGACGACAAAAACAACGACAGUGACGAUUUCAAUCUCGUUCGUUUAUGUCGGAUACAUUACCCUUUGCGAUUUAAUCGAUUUAAUCUUUUUUCGUUUUUCCCUUUUCAUCGAUUCUAUAUCGUAUCGUAUUUAAUAACAACGAUCAAAAGCGAAUAAAAGAGAUUAGAAUUUUAUUUUCCGUCCAUGCGAACAUUACACAUGACAAAGACUGAGCUGAUCGAGCUUAAUCAAUCGCGAGAGUUAUCAGAGGAAGAAGGAUCGAACGAAUACGCGAUGCCUUAUUUACAUACACACACACACACGCGCGCGUGUGCGCGCACAUACACACACUCACACACAGAGUAUGCAAACCAAAAAGCUACGAGAAAUAGUGACAUUUACUUUCGUACGAUUUUACAUUGUAAGUUCAUUUUUAAUCUAAUUGUAAGCUAAGUUAUAUAACAAACCACCGAACAUUUUACGAUGGAAAGCGUGUAUUUUAUUUUCUCUUUUUUUAUUUUCUUUUUUCUUCUCCCUUUGCCGCGGAGAACUCGUUGCGUCAAUGAAAUGAGAUGAAUGCAAAAGGGUGAGAAUGUCAUGUAUGCGCGCGCGCGAGAGAGAGAGAGAGAGAGAGAGAGAGAGAGAGAGAGAGAGCGAGAGAGUAUCUCUACAGAUAUAAUUCUGUGAGUUACUCCCGAAUACCUAAAGUACGGGCCUUACUAGAAGAAUAAGAUGAUAUUUGAUAAGGAUAAUAUAGAAUGUUUUACGGCGUAACAAAGAUAUAAAGAAACGAGAUGAAUAUCUUUCUGAUUAGGUUAAAACAAUAUCGAUUGAAUGGCUAGUUUUGAGAUACAAGUAAAGAUGUAGAUCGUUAAUCGUGUUCAAUCGAUUUUCCUAAAUGUGAAAAAAUGUAUGAAUGUAUGACGAUUUAAUCUGGAAAAAUAUCAGAAACGACGAAUUGUUUUUUGAUAUUGAUAAAUCUUCUUGCAAUUAUGUUUUGCGAAGCUCACGUGGAUCAUUCAUACGGUAUAUUUAUUCGAAAAGUCCGUGUUAUCCUUCGUAGAUCAUUCCAGGACUCGUAUAAAUCGAGACUCGCACAUAUUUGCUACUAUAUUACUUUUCUAUCUAUGUAUCUAUUUGCGUCUUUUUUUUAUACCCAUCAUCCUUCUCUCCUCCUCCUCCUCCUCCUUCUCCAGCACCAUCCUCCCACCCGAUCUUGUGCCUUUUUCUUCGUUUCUUCUAAUCCUGAUUUUUUUUCUUUCUUUUCUUUUCUUUUCUUUUUUAUCAUACGUAUUAUUGAUAACGUACGUGUAAGUUGUAUUAUUGACGUCGAGUAAGUUUUUUUUUUUUUUUGUACCUUUGCUUUACAAAAGAGCGUCGAUUCCUUUUGAGAGCAAUAAAUAAGAAAUAUAUUUUGAA